CUCUUUAGAUUUUUGACAAAUAUUCAAAUUUCUAUUUUUUAUGAUUCUUUACAUCAUCAUAUGUCACUCUAAAAUAAAUGGCUAAACGUUUCGUGCAUAUUUUCUUUCGGGCUAUAUUUUCUCUUAUUUCCUACAUCUGGCGACCAUUAAAUAUAAUGGAAAUGUUGCAUAAAGAACGAAGUAUAGCCAGGAGGCUAUUCACAACCGCAAAAAACGAUACUGAGGCUAAAUUAGAGUCAACCAACAUCGACGAAAUCACCGCGGCCUUUAACAAUCUCCAGCUUCGAGCCGAUUCCUUGUUCAACGUCGACCAAUGGCUAAAAACGGACGAGAUGUCUGAAGAUGAAAUUUACGAAGACUGCAUGACCAGCGAUAAGUAUGAAAGCGACUGGGAGCGUAUAAAAGUCAUGUACGACAACGUUUCCCGGAAGAACGAACGCAAGAAGAGGUCUCGCAAGUCUAGCGGCAGCGAUGAGUCGAAUAAUACAUACAAAUCUCAUCAAUGUUGUGAGAAGUCGGCAUGCAGUUCUGCAUGUCAUUCAAGACGAUUCCGUCUACCGAAAUUUGAGUUACGGAAGUUUGACGGCAAUACGAAAAACUGGAUUGGUUUUUGGUGUCAAUUUCAGAAAAUCGACGACGACGAAUCUAUAGACGACGGAGAUAAGUUUCAGUAUUUAUACCAGUGCACUGUUCCAGAUACUCCGGCGCGAGAGAUCGUCGAGAGCUUUCCGCCGUCAGGAGCUAACUAUAAGAAGGCUGUUGAGCAAUUGAAGUCCAGGUUUGCACGUGACGAAAUGUUGAUCGACAUUUAUGUGCGUGAACUGCUUAAUCUUGUAUUAGCACAAGCAAAAGUUGAGUCCGCCUUGCCCGAAUCUGUUUUACGAGCAUGGCAGAGGUCCCACGUACUCGAGGAGAAGAGCGACGAUCAUCUGAACCGGCUUAUGCAGUUCCUGAAACGCGAAGUGGAGUCGGAGGAGCGGAUCCAGCUUGCGCGUAGCGGGAUAGCAUCGGGUGACAGUUUGCAUAGCGUUUCUACUAAACCUACCGCGGCAUGCUUAGUGUCAACGGAAGACGCAGGUAAGAAGAUUUGUUGCGUUUGGUGUGAAAAGGCAUCGCAUACCAGCUUCGAGUGCUACAAAGCUAACAAGAUGUCGUAUGAAGCUAGGAAGGAUGUGCUAAAUAAAAAAGGAGCAUGCCAUAUUUGUUUAAAAACGGGACAUAAUUAUGAAAAACCCUCUCACCCCAAAUACGAGGCACUACGGGGUGAGGGGAUCUAUAUCUGA